AUGUUACAAUUCUGUGUAUUGUUAAUUUUGGCUCUGCAAAAAGUCCAAUGCCGCCCCACGGAUGCAGAAGCGAAGAGUUCAGUCUCAAACCAGUUACACUUGAUUGUCGCAAACACUUCAUCGUCAAAUAAUUACCAUUUGACGCCGCUUUUCACAGAAAUAGAAGAUUUUGAAGACGAAAUAACUAAGGACUUGAGCGCUAUAGUACCAUUUUUACAUUUCCUGCUCGACACUUCAAGUGAUAGCGAAGAGGAUGAGGACGAAGACAUUGACAACGAUCAAAUGGUGAUUCAGCUUGUUCCUGAUUUUAUUCAAUCAAAGAAAUCAGAAAAUCCGAUAGAACAUGAAUCCGGUUCCGAAGAAGUUAAAAAGGAUUCUAGUGAGGAAGACUGCGACAAGAAAAGCGAGAAAAAGGAAAAAGAAAGUGACGAAGGCUCUGAUGAAGAUGCGGACGAUGUGAAAUCAGAGAUUGAACCGAAAGAAAGUUCAGAGGAGGAAAAUUCUAAUGAUGAAAAUAAAUCAAAAGAACCGAAAGAAAAUCUUACUAAACCUGAAAAAAAGGAGGAUAUUCCAAAAACUCAAUAA